CUUCAAGAUACCGUAACGGAUUGGGCCAUCGCUUCUCCUCGCCAUUGUUCCACAUCUGCCGAGGACGAUGCGCGUGAGCACUGUCGGCCUGGGAGGCAUGCUGCUCGCGACCGCGACGCACACCACGUCCGCACGAACGUGUGGCGACAAGUCCCCUCUUGACGCAAAGUGUGCCGAUUUGUUUCCCACCUGCCCCGACCGCCACUCCCCGGCUAUCUUCAACGGAUGCUACCAUUGUGCGCACGACGUCACGUGCGUGAUCAAAUCGUUCGCCGUGGUCAAUGUCAAGGAAAUGGUCCAAGCUAAUGAAGAGAAUGACGGCGAUGAUGUGAAAGACGAGUCCGCUGCUGCGAAAUCUGCAGGCGACAAGGACCGUCAGGUCUGGUCUGAAGCAGGAAGCCACUUGAACGCAGUGACUGCAACAACUACGGAAUCCACGACGGGUUGGGCUGUGCUAAGUGUCUUGGCACUCCUUGGCGUCGGGGUUGCCGUGGGCGGCAUCUAUAGACACACACGAAGUCGGGGGCAAUACCAUUCGAUACUGUCGCAGCAACAGCACCAAUACGACACAGACGAUGCUGCAUUGGACGACCUCAAUCCCUUUUGCCACGGCGGCGUCAACGAAGAAACACCGUCGCUACUCAAACCUACGCCGAAUGUUCCUUCGACACCGUUGCCAUUCCGCAUCAUGACUGCUUAACAUGGUCUCGUUUAUCGCUCCUCCAUAUUCCUUCUUCAUUUCCCGUCGUGGAACAAGUAACCUGAACAGUUACAUAUUUCCGAAACGCCCACUGCAGCGAUGACAGG